GUCCGUCUCCUUUGCUACCGCGCUUUGGCCUAUAUAAACAACUCGGGUUUACAUUUCAUCACAGUUCAGCCUUAGCCACCAACAAGUAACCAUGAAGACCUUUAUUAUUUUGCUGGUGGCAGCAUUGGCUGCUGCUCAACGAUUUCAGCAGAGAGUCCCUGAUGUCGCUGUGAAACUUGCAAGCGCAGGUUUCUUCCAACAGGGCGGUUCAUUCUCCAGUUCCAGUGGCAGUAACUUCCAGAGAAACAGUGGAUUCCAGAAUUCUGGAUUUGGCAGUAAUUCCCAGUCCAGUUUGUCAUCGGGUAACAUCGCAAGCAGCAGUUUCUUUACGCCUGCUGGCAAUGGUGUGGGAUCCAGUGGACGCUUCCAGUCGGGCUCUGGAUUUGGGUCCGGGUUCUCAUCAAGCUCUUCAGCUGGCAACGGGCAACUCCAGUCUGGCUUAGCAGGUAGCAGCGGCUUUGGAUCUGGUUCAUCUAGUGGAAGGUUCUCAUCAGGCUCAUCUGGCACUGGCUUUGGAACAAGCUCACUGAGUGGUAACAGACUUGGGUCUAGUUCUUUUGGAAGUGGUUCCCAGUUCAGUUCAGCAGGGUCAUCCGGGAGCAAUGGGUUUGGGUUUGGUUCUUCAAGGGGAUCUGGAGCACAGUUUGGUUCUUCUCUUGGCAGUGGAAUUCAGUCUGGUUCUCAGACUUCUUCUGGAAAUAGCGGCAAUUUCCAGUCCAGUACAUUUGGCAGUAACACUGUAAAACUUGCAGGACCAGGUACCUUCUCCACAGGUGGCAGCACAAUUGGAUCUGGCUCUUCCCUCAGCAGUGGAUUUGGAUCUGGCAGUUCCAGCAGUCAGUUCCAAUCAGGCUCAUCUAGUGGCAGUGGAUUUGGAUCUGGCUCUUCCCUCAGCAGUGGAUUUGGAUCUGGCUCUUCCAGCAGUCAGUUCCAAUCAGGCUCAUCUAGUGGCAGUGGAUUUGGAUCUGGCUCUUCCCUCAGCAGUGGAUUUGGGUCUGGUUCUUCUCUCAACAGUGGAUUUGGAUCUGGCAGUUCCAGUGGUCAGUUCCAAUCAGGCUCAUCAAGUGGCAGUGGAUUUGGAUCUGGCUUUUCCCUCAGCAGUGGAUUUGGAUCUGGCAGUUCCAGCAGUCAGUUCCAAUCAGGCUCAUCAAGUGGCAGUGGAUUUGGAUCUGGUUCUUCCUUCAGCAGUGGAGCUGGGUCUGGCUCCUUCAACAGUGGAUCUGGCUCUUCCCUCAGCAGUGGAUUUGGAUCUGACUCUUCUACUGGUCAGUUCCAGUCAGGAUCAAGUGGUAGUGGAUUUGGUUCUUCCAUCAGCAGUGGAUUUGGCUCUGGAUCUUCUUUCAGCAGCGGAUCUGGGUCUGGCUCCUUCAACAGUGGAUUUGGAUCUGGAUCUUCUUUCAGCAGCAGAUCUGGGUCUGGCUCCUUCAACAGUGGAUUUGGAUCUGGCUCUACUGGUCAGUUCCAGUCAGGAUCAAGUGCUGAUUUUGGUUCUGGUUCUUCCUUUAGCAGUGGAUCUGGUUCUUCCCUCAGCAGUGGAUUUGGUCCUGGCUCUUCCACCGGUCAGUUCCAACUAAGUUCAUCCAGCGGUCUUGGGUCUGGUUCCUCCCUUAGCAGUGGAGUUAGUUCCGGUUCUUCCAGUGGACAGUUCCAAUCAGACAGUAGUGGAUUUGGAUCCAGCUCUGGUGGGCAAUUCCAAUCAGGUUCACUGGGCAGCAGUGGAUCUGGAUUUGGAUCCUCCAGUGGAAGCAGCAGUGGAUUUGGAUCAAGUUCUUCACUCAGUGGUGGAUUCCAGCCUGGCUCAUCUGGUGCUGGAGUUAGUUCAAUUUCUUCCCUUAGCAGUGGAUCACAGUCUGGUUCUACAUUUGGAUCAUCAUCUGGUUCUGGUAUUAGUUCUACUUCCUCCUUUGACACUGGAUUCCAGCCCAGUUCUCUAUCUGGUUCUGGAUUUGGUUCAAGUUCUGGAUCCCAGUCUGGUUUCUCAUCUGGAUCUGGUAGUGGAUUCCAGUCUGGUUCAUCAUCUGGUUCUGGAAUUGGCUCCACUUCUUCCCUUAGCAGUGGAUCUCAGCCCAGUUCUCUAUCUGGUUCUGGAUUCGGUUCAGGUUCUGGAUCCCAGUCUGGUUUCUCAUCUGGAUCUGGUAGUGGAUUCCAGUCUGGUUCUGGAAUUGGCUCCACUUCUUCCCUUAGCAGUGGAUCUCAGCCCAGUUCUCUAUCUGGUUCCCCAUUCGGUUCAGGUUCUGGAUUCCAGUCUGGUUUCUCAUCUGGAUCUGGUAGUGGAUUCCAGUCUGGUUCAUAUCUGGUUCUGCAAUUGGCUCCACUUCUUCCCUUACCAGCGGAUCCAGCCCAGUUCUCUAUCUGGUUCUGCAUUCGGUUCAGGUUCUGGAUCUCAGUUGGUUUCUCAUCUGCAUCUGGUAGUGGAUUCCAGUCUGGUUCAUCAUCUGGUUCUGGAAUUGGCUCUACUUCCCUUGGCAGUGGAUUCCAGUCCACUUCUCUAUCUAGUUCCCCAUUCGGUUCAGGUUCUGGAUCCCAGUCUGGCUUCUCAUCUGGAUCUGGAUUUGGUUCCAGUUCUUCCCUUGGUAGCGGAUUCCAAUCCAGUACCCCAUCUGGUUCCGGAUUUGGUUCAAGUUCUGGAUCCCAGUCUGGUUUCUCAUCUGGAUCUGGAUUUGGUUCCGGUUCCUCCUUUGGUAGCGGAUUCCAGUCUGGUUCAUCCGGUGCAGGAUUUGGAUCAGGUUCUUCCAUUGAUGGUGCAUUCCAGUCUGGCUCAUCUGGUUCUGGUUUUGGAUCAAGUUCAAGUGGAUUUGGCUCAGGUUCCUCAUUCCUCAGUGGAUCACAGACUGGUUCCUCUUUCGGAAGUGGAUUCCAAGUUGACCCUCUGCCAGCUGAUGGAGUAUUUGAGCCUCUGAAUCUCUGCUGA